AUGUCACUUCCACCUGGUCUUCGCGCCGAAUUGAAAUUGCACCCAGAUGUGCAGUCGCUAGACGAAGAAUGGUCUGGGGUCACAGACCCUGUGAUUCGUCGGAAGCUUCAGAAUCGAUUGAACCAACGAGCUGCAAGACGCCGCAAGGCUGCACAGAACAAGGGUGGGGAGGACGCCUCGUCAAGCAGUAGCUCGUCUCGAGCUGCAGGGCUCAAAGAUGUUCCCCUGGUGGAGCGGGCCGGUCUUAACGACCUCAUGGUAUUAAGGAGCAAGAGAGUCAGCCGUACCGAAUGGCACACUGCCCUUCAGCCACCCGACCCCGCGAACCGGUCACCAUUUGUCUCCAUACGGAGCAAGAAUGCCUGCCAGCGAUGGUACGAGGUGCUUCUCGAAAAUCGGCUGGCCAGCAUCAAGGAGAUGGCGGAGAAGCUGACGAAGGACCAAGACAAUGCUUGGAUGUACCCGCUUCCUUCCGAUCACCUGGUCUCCCUAGUCUAUUACAAUGUAUACCGAGCACUCAUUUCAAACACCCAUAUGCUGGGUCUUGAUAUGAAUCUGAUGUACCUCGACGACUAUCCCUCGCCGUUCCUGCCCAUGUCACAAAGCGCCACCUCAAACAUACGGCACCUUCCACCUUCACUCCAGCCGACUGAAUUGCAAAAGACCAUGCCACACCACCCAAUGUGGGACAUUUUUCCUGAUCCCGAAAUGAGAGACAAUAUCCUUCGAUACGGGGAACAAAAUAUUGACGAUCUGCAACUGUGUCUCGACAUGGUCGGGGAUGGCAACUACACUGGCCUGGAGGACCUCGACUCCCAACAGACGAAUGGGCUGAUUGUGUGGUCGGAACCAUGGGAUUCUGAGGGUUGGGAAGUGACAGAAUCAUUUACGCGCAAGUGGCCUUUCCUUCUCAAAGGAGCAAUCAACGUCCAGAAGUCGACCAACAAAUGGAGGAUGCGCCGAGGGGAGAGCCCUCUGGACUUUGAGAGGAUUCUGGAGAUUGAGUGA